GUUCGUUUAGACGUCUGGCUGGAAUCAGACCGUCCGCUCAGGUUGAACCUGCCUCUCUCUCUCUCUCAUUCUCUUCUGUUUCUCGUUACCAUCAUUCGUGGAAUAGCAGACACAUCAUGCCAGAUUUCGCAGGAAUUUGGAAAAUGAAAAGCAGUGAGAAUUUUGAUGAACUUCUGAAAGCUCUCGGGGUUAAUGCAAUGCUCAGGAAAGUGGCUGUAGCUGCUGCCUCUAAGCCUCAUGUUGAAAUCCGUCAGAAUGGAGACCAGUUCUACAUUAAGACGUCUACCACGGUCAGGACUACGGAAAUAAAUUUCACAGUGGGGGAGGAAUUUGAUGAAGAAACUGUGGACGGCAGGAAAUGCAGGAGUUUGCCUGUUUGGGAGAAGGAAAAUAAAAUCUACUGUAAGCAAUCUCUUGUGGAAGGAACCGGCCCCAGAACAUACUGGACCCGAGAACUGCAGGGAGAUGAGCUGAUCCUGACAUUUGGAGCUGAUGACGUGGUCUGUACGAGAAUAUACAUGAGGGCGUGAUGCAGAGACUCUCCUGGACUAGUUACCAUGUCUGACAGCUACGUUGGGAUCAUCUUCCUGUCAUGCCAACCCUCCUGCUGUAUAUUUUAGGAUAAAUGAGAGCUCUUUCGUUUGCUAGAAAAAUUAGACAGUGUUCUUACAAAAUGCAGUCUUUGUUAAAGAACAAGUGAUUUAACCCAUUUUAUAACAAAUGUGAAAGUCAAUAAUAGUGUGUGCAUUUUGUUCCCUUUCAAAUGCAUCUGGUGUACUAUAUAAUGAGGCUAAAUAUUUCAGUACGCACUAUCAAGCACCUUUAAACCUAGAAUCCAGCGAGUAGAUUUUCUACUGAUUAGUUCUUCAUUGUUCUAGUUAGAUUUUCCAAAUUGAUUGAAACAUUCUAUUUAAUUUCCAUCAAGUGUCUGUACCUUAAACGGCAAAAGUUAUCUAACAAUAUCAGUGUUUUUACUAAACUGCAAAAAAAGAAAAAAUACCUUCUCAGGAUAUCUUUUAUCUCUUGCUUUAUCUAUCAGCUUUGGACAUUUUUCGUUCCAUACAAAGUAUGCCCAGUGCACACCUUUAAAUGUUUCCUUCAUAGAAGCAAAUUUCACGAUUUUCUUUGAAUAAUGAAGUAAUUCUGAAACCUUUCGAAGGGUGUCAGAAUGAACAUACAGGAAACAAACGUCUUUAAAGAUUCUGUUCUUAUUUGUGUCUAAAUUAUAAAUAAUUUACAGGCCCAAGUCUGUGAAACAAGUUUAACCCUGAGAAAUCAUAAGAGAUUUUUUUUUGUUUUUUUGUGGAGAUGGGGGAAUUCAGGGUAGAAACUGAAAUCCUGUUUUAGGCUCUCCUCAUAUAACAUAACGAAAAAAAAUAUAUGUUGUUUCUCCUGGGAUUCAGAAAUCCUUAAAUUAAUUCAAGUUAAAGGAACACUAUAGUGUUAGGAAUGUAAAUGUGUAUUAAUAAUGUUAUAGUCUCCUACAAACUUCUGAGGCGUCCCCCACGUGCCUUAAGUAAAAAAGUAAUUACUUAACUUUAGCCCUUGCCUCGCUGCUCUCCUCGCUGAUGGUCCUACAUCUGCUGAGAUCAUCAAUCUACGUGGUCUCAUCCAAUCCAAUGAUUCUCCCUGUAGAAAAGCAUUGGGAGGCUAGUGAGCAUGCACUGUGCUAAUUAAAUGCUACCCUAGGAGCAGCACUUGUUUGAGAACCAAGUUUGGCUUGGUUCUAAAAUGUGGACGCGCCUUUUGUGACUUCAGGAAGACAGCCGCUACAUAUGUGUUAAGCCUGCAAUGGAACCAUUUUGGGUUUUACAAAGCUGCAACCUUUUACAUUGCAGGGUUAAAACUAAAGGUCUAAUGCACCUUGACCACAUCAUUGAGAUCAAGUGGUCUGGGUGCCUUGAAGAACACUAUAGGGUCAGGAACACAAACAGGUAUUCCUGACCCUAAAGUGUUUGACCCACCAUCUAGGUGGCUUGACCCCCUUAGAAAAGGUUAAAACUCAUUUUAUUUCCAGUGGCGCGUGGGUCUGCAGACGCUGGCCUCGCCCCCGAUCUGCCUCCUUGGUGACAUCAUCAGAAUUGCAGAUUUUUAGCCAAUUCAACGAUUUCCCACAGGGAAUGCAUUGGAUUCUCUGAAAUCGACAAGGGGUGGGGCCAAAUGCUCUUUUAGCCAGUCAGCACCUCCUCAUAGAGAUGCAUUGAAUCGAUGCAUCUCAAUGAGGAAAAUUCAGCGUCCCCAUGCAGAGAGUGGAGACGCUGAACGGUAGUGUUGCCUACUAUCCAAAACUCCCCCAGGAAGCACCUCCAGUGGCUAUCUAAGGAGUGGUCACGUGGAGGUGUCCCAGGGGGGCAAUGUAAAUACUUCCUUUUCUAUGAAAAGGCAGUGUUUGUAUUAGAAUGCCUAAAGGCAAUGAUUAUACCCACCAGAACAACUACAUUAAGCUGUAGUUGGUCUGUGACUAUAGUGUCCCUUUAAGUGGUCUUCCAUUAAAAAUAAAUAAAAAAUAACAGUAAAGUUUUUAUAGGUAAGGUCUGGAUGAGGCUAAGGUGGACCUGUUUAGAACUACAUUUUGUCCUAUGCUUACCAUAGGUCAGGGGUAGGCAACCUUCGGCACUCCAGAUGUUGUGGACUACAUCCCCCAUAAUGCUCCUACACCCAUAAUGCUAGCAAAGCAUUAUGGGAGGUGUAGUCCAAAAACAUCUGGAGUGCCGAAGCUUUCCUAUGCCUGCUAUAGGUAAUCCAGCCUUGCAUUUACUUCUAAAACAGCAGGCAAUUCAAUUCACAUAAUAAAAAAGGUCACUAUUCCUAGAUCAUAUAUCCUCCAGGAGACUGAUCUUCUGAAAUAAUUAUGAGUAGACCAACUAAGCUAAGGAGUCUUUUGAAAGAUACCCUUUUAUUAUUUGUUUAUGUAUUGUGUCUUAUUUAUAGUAUAGGAUGUGGCACACAGCAGACUCUGAAUAUAUACUAGUAUUGAAUAGCUUUAAUUUGUAGAUUUUUUUUAUAAAUAUUUUGAGUUUUAAUCCACGAUCCAAGGCUGCAUUUAGCAAGCACACGGUCUACCUUUAAACAUCUUAAUCCCAGAAGGACCCUGAGAACACAGCACUCCUUUCAACACCCAUUCCUUAAGCAACGUUAUUUGUAUUGUGUAUCAUGCCUUUGACUGGUGACUUCUUCCAUGACAUCUCUUGUUAAUUUGUGGCUAAAUAAAGUUAUU